AUGAUAUUGCAAAAUAUAGCCUUGAAAGAGGGUAAAACGGUGGCUGGUGGACAUAUACGAUCAUGGGCAACAUAUAAGCAAGCAAAACAAUGCUGCCACAAAGAUGCCACACGUUAUUAUAGCACGAAUAGGGACCCAGACAGCCAUUCGAGGGAAGAAUUGGCCAAGGCACAUGCAAGGCACUUAGCAAACAAUCAGAAAGCAAGGAAAGAUGCAAGGGCAAUUGAUAAGGACUUUUUUAUGUCGGUGUUGAGCUCUUCAGCUACGAAACGGGAAGCAAAGUCUUACCUCCAACGGUUCACUCCGUCCAAAACUCCGAUCGCCGCGCAGAAUGCCCAGUCGCCAAAGAACGGUGUCAAUCUGGGCUCGUUCUAUGCUCCUACCGCAGUGUUGGGAAGCCCAAAGUUCAUCCGAAAUCCCCAGGACAAUAUCAGGCAAGGAACAGGUUCACAACUUCAUACCGCCUUGGUAAAAAUCAGAGCACCCCAGACAUUGGACGAUUCAACUCUCCAUGGCAUCGGAAAAACACUGUCACAGCUUGGCCGAUUAGGUCUGAUAAGCGUGGUGGUAGUCGACUGUAAUAGUGAUGAGCCUCUUGAUUUGGCUCCCAGUUGGAGAGCCCUAGCGACAAAGCAGGCCAACCGAAUUGUUGCAGCAAUUGAGUCAAGCGGAGGGAUAGAAGCAAGGAUGCUUGAUAAUAUUAUUGGCGUUGGUGAGGGGUCCGACAAACCUCAAUAUGGAAACCUCACCCGGCCAAGGACGCAUGUUACUCUUCGUAAGCUGCUGAUGACUCCGUUGAGACGGGGUGUGAUUCCGGUGGUCCCUUCACUGGCAUAUAACGAUGUCACGCAAACUGCAAUUCCUGUUACAGCUGCCGAGACUGUUCUUGCUCUUGUGAGGGAAUUAACAGGGCUUCCAGUAGAAACCCCACCCGAUGAGGACCCAGCAGAGACCAAAGAACGACUGCGUCUGAUGCGUGAAGAAGUUUCGUUGGACAGACUCAUCAUCUUGGAUCCCCUAGGAGGAAUUCCUACGUCUGUGCGUCCGGACGGGUAUCAUGUCUUUCUCAAUAUGGAACAAGAAUAUGGGCCUGCAAAGCGGCAUCUACUUGAGGACAUGCAAGCCGGCGAGAGUCGAGGUGCGCUACAAAUCCAAUCGGACAAGGAACAUGUGUCUGAUCUUGGCAUGAGCAACCCGUUUUCCAAGUUCGUUGAAGUGGAAUUUGGAAGCCCCGGAGCGAUUGCUAAACGGAAUUCUCCGGAACCAGAUACCGCUCGGGAUAGUACCCCGAGGAACUGGUACCAUCUUCAAAAUCUUGAAUUGGCUCGCUCGGUGCUCACAAUGCUUCCUCCAAGCUCAUCAGCGCUGCUGACUACACCCGAGGAAGCCGCAAAUUCAGGCAAAGAAACACCUUUCCAGGCCGUGGGAGUUGGCACACGACGAGUUCGAAAUCCAUUAAUUCACAACCUCCUAACUGACAAGCCCGUCUUUUCAUCUUCCCUGCCCAUAGGUCGCCUGGGACAGACCAAACCAUCGAUGGCCAGCCAGCCUGUCUAUCCAGCUCUAAGCAUCACUCCAACAACAUUUGCUAAGCAUGGAAUGCCCAUAACCAUCUUCCCAAAUCCGGAAAUUGCUGACUGGGAGGCCCCAGAGCUAGGAAAGCCACCAAUGACCUUGACAGACUCUCAGAUCGACCUUCCGCGUCUCAUACAUUUAAUCGAGGAUUCAUUUGGACGAAAACUGGAUGUCCAAGACUACAUCAAUCGUGUCAAUGGCCGUAUUGCGGGGGUUAUUAUUGCUGGGGAAUAUGAAGGCGGGGCAUUGUUAACAUGGGAACUACCCCCUGGAGUCGUGGAUGAUGGCAGCCCGGAAAGUAGGGCAAGGAUGGUUCCAUAUCUGGAUAAAUUCGCAGUUUUGAAGAAGUCACAGGGGUCCGGGGGUGUGGCAGAUGCUGUUUUCACUGCAAUGGUUCGGGAUUGCUUCCCCAGAGGCGUUGUAUGGAGAUCGAGGACAACAAAUGUGGUCAAUAACUGGUAUUUUGAGAGAUCUCGAGGGACUUGGAAAUUGCCUGGGGCAGGUUGGACGAUGUUCUGGACGACACCAGAUAUGGAUCGGCGAACAUUUAUGGAUUAUGAAGGUGUCUGCCGGGGAAUAGAGCCCUCGUGGGCUGAUAACAAAGCGGUGCUGGAUUAA